UAGGGUAUAUUUUCCGUUUCAAAAUUUUUUUACCAUUUUCGUUGAAGACUUCCGGAGAAGAAAAUUUUUUGGCGUUUUUGCAUUGUAUACCGGAACACUUAAGAUGGUUCGAAGAAGAGGUGCAGAUGGCCGGAUUCCAGUCCGCACGUUAGACCGGGGUGCAUCUUCAUCUGCAGCUGCAGCUGAGCCGACUGGAUAUCCAGGAGGGCCGUACGAUACAUCGCUUUUGGUGAAGUACGAGCAUCAUGUUGCUCGACAUAUAUGGUUCGGUGAGGAAAGAGGACCAAAGAAAGAGUUGAAGGUUGCCGGACAUGGACUGAAGUUGAAUUCUAGGGUUCCAUUGGCUCUUCCACCACAGAUGGAGAGUUGGGUAUCUAGAUCCGGUUUAGCUUCACUGCAGAGAACGAGUCUGAACAAGAUAGACACAAAUCUUGUCUCUGCAUUUGUGGAAAGAUGGCAUCUAGAGACAUCUUCAUUUCACAUGCCGUUUGGUGAAAUGAGCAUUACUUUAGAUGAUGUCGCAUGUCUACUUCACUUGCCCAUUAGGGGUAUCUUUUGGAGUCCUCAGGAUGUGACUGAAGAGCUAGCUGUUGAACUUGCUGUUGACUACCUAGGAGUGUCACAGAGUCAGGCACAGUCACAUGUUCGGAGCUGCAGGGGGUCGUAUUACAAGUUGGAGUGGUUAUAUGAUAUAUUCGUACAUCAUAGGGCUGCUUCCAGCUGGGCAUAUGCGACUAGAGCAUAUCUAUUGAUGUUGGUGGGUUCCACCAUAUUUGCUGAUAAGACCUUUACACUUGUAGAGGCACGAUACCUCCUCCUGUUUAGGGACUUGGAUGGAUGUUCAGGAUAUAGUUGGGGAGCAGCUGCACUAGUUACCCUCUACCGAUAUCUUGGAGAUGCGUCCAUGUACAGUUGCAAACAGCUAGGUGGAUAUCCUACUCUCCUACAGUGUUGGAUUCACGAGUAUUUUCCAACUGUUGGAAAAAGAGGGGAGAAUUGGAAUCCUGCUGGAAACGGUGGUCUUCCCCAAGCGAUGAGAUGGUCAUAUAGACAGGGAGUCCUGAAGUUACCAUCAGAGUGUUGUCGAUGUGAUCGGUUCAUCUUCCGUGGCCACCACUCCAUCUGA